AUGGAAGGAGCUCAGCCCCCUCUGACUGCAGAGCUGACAACCCCACUGCUGAAGAAGGCUCACACCCCACCUCUCCAUGAGGAAGCCAACACUGCAGUGAUUGCAGUUGUCAUCACCCUGGUGUUCCUCACCCUGCUGACUGUCCUGGUGGUCAUCAUCAUCUACCUGUAUAGAAACAAAGGCAGCUACCUCACCUACGAGCAGCCAGCAGCAGAGCUGGAGGCGUCGCUGCAGGCAGAGGAUGCUCCAUCCAAGGACGAGUUCUUCAUCUGAGCCCCCAGGCAUGCUGGGCUCCAGC